CAACACCCCUCACUCACUUUGCUGUCAUCAGCCUUAGUCACUUAUCUCGCGAUACAGACUGACAAGAACCUUCUCUUCGCAACCCGAGACAUCUCGACAGCUACUCAAAACUCUUGAGAGCUUCGUACACUUCCCGAACUUGGAGUGAUGUAUCGUGUGUGGCUGCGGCCCCGAUUGUGGGCGGGGCUAGCUUCAACUCGCCCCGCCUCUUCCGGCGCAGCGGAGCCGUUUCUGAGCGGGUCUUCCGGUGCCUACGUAGAGCAGAUGUACGAGGCAUGGACACAAAACCCAUCUUCUGUCCACAAGUCUUGGGAUGCGUUCUUUCGAAAUGCCUCGGCAGGUGCAGUCCCUGGCCAGGCAUACUCCCCACCUCCCCCCCUCACACACUCCCCCUCCUCCCCAUCUCCCCGCGUCACUGAAGGAAGCACUCACCAGUCUAUGACCAACAUCACUGAACAUCUCAACGUCCAGGCUCUAAUUAGAGCCUACCAGAUCCGAGGCCACAACAUAGCCAAUCUGGACCCGCUGGGAAUCAACGACGCUGAUCUUGACGACAGCAUGCCUCCUGAACUCAUCGCCAAUGAGGGAUUAGACAUGGACAAGGAGUUCACACUGCCAAAGACCACGAUGAUAGGAGGAGGAGAGAAAGCUCUGCCCCUGAGGGAGAUUAUCAGCAGACUCAGGACCAUCUACUGUGGGAGUGUGGGUGUGGAGUUCAUGUUUAUAAACGACAGACAAAAGUGUGAUUGGAUCAGACAGAGGUUUGAGCCACCAGGAGUCUUCCAGAUGACUGACGAGGAGAAGAAGAUAUUGCUGGCCAGACUGAUUCGCUCAACAAGGUUUGAGGAGUACCUGGCAGCCAAGUGGCCCAGUGAGAAGAGGUUUGGUCUGGAGGGAUGCGAGGUGAUGAUUCCCGCCAUGAAAGAGAUCAUUGACCACUCCACCGUUCGCGGAGUCGAGUCCUACGUCAUUGGAAUGCCUCACAGGGGUCGUCUGAAUGUUCUGGCAAACGUGGCCCGGACCCCCCUGGAGAGAAUUUUCCACGAGUUCAACCCCAUGUUGGACCCCCAGGACGAGGGGAUGGGGGACGUGAAGUACCACCUGGGGACCACAAACACCGUCCUCAACCACUUCUCAGAGAGAGAAAUUACGGUCUCUCUGGUUGCCAACCCUUCACAUCUAGAAGCUGUAGAUCCAGUAGUACAAGGAAAGACAAGAGCCACACAGUUUCGGAGAAACGACGAGAGUGGAAAGACUUGCAUGAGCAUUCUCCUCCAUGGAGAUGCUGCUUUUGCAGGUCAGGGGGUGGUGUACGAGACCUUUCAUCUGUCAGACCUCCCGGACUACACCACCCACGGGACCGUCCACAUGGUCGUCAACAACCAGAUUGGUUUCACCACGGACCCUCGCGUGGCCCGCUCCUCGCCUUACUGCACCGACGUCGCUAAGGUGGUAUCAGCUCCGAUAUUUCACGUCAAUGCCGAUGAUCCUGAGGCCGUCUUGCACGUCUGUCGGGUCGCCACCGAGUGGCGGGCAACAUUUGGAAAAGACGUCGUUAUUGACCUGGUGUGCUACCGUCGCCACGGACACAACGAGAUGGACGAACCCUCACUUACACAGCCGCUCAUGUACAAGCAGAUUAAGAAACACGAAAAACUGGUGGAAAUGUAUGCCAGGAAACUUGUAGAAGGCAAUGUUGUCACUCAGGAGGAUUACGAGAAAGAGAAGAACAAGUAUGACCAGAUCUGUAAAGAUGCCUACGAGAGGGCACCAAAGAUUGUCCCCUUCCACAGAGACUGGCUGGACUCCCCGUGGAAAGGAGUGUUCUCAGACGAAGGGACACCUCUGGAGGCAACCGGUGCCAUCCCGUCGACUGGCAUCUCGCGCCAGAGGAUCUCCCACAUUGGCAACGUCUACAGCUCUCUGCCUGAUGACUUUGAGGAACAUAGAGGCAUCAAGAGAGUGUUGGCGGAGAGACGUAAGAUGCUGGGGGAGGAGGAGUGCGACUGGGCCAUUGGAGAGGCUCUGGCAUUCGGGUCUCUCCUGGAGGAGGGAGUACACGUGAGGCUGUCAGGGCAGGACGUGGAGAGAGGGACCUUCUCCCACAGACACCACGUGAUCCACGACCAGAAGGUCGAUAGGAGGCAGUACCGUCCCCUGGAGCACAUCUCCCCGGACCAGGCCAGGUACACAGUCUGCAACAGCUCUCUCUCCGAGUUUGCAGUUCUCGGGCUUCGAGCUCGGGUUCUCCAUGAGUGAUCCCAACUACCUCGUCUGCUGGGAGGCUCAGUUUGGAGACUUCCACAACAACGCUCAGUGUAUCAUCGACCAGUUCAUAUCGUCAGGUCAGGAGAAGUGGGUGAGACAGAGUGGACUGGUAAUGCUCUUGCCUCAUGGGUAUGAAGGGAUGGGCCCGGAGCACAGUUCAGCAAGACUGGAGCGGUUCCUGCAGCUCUGUUCAGACGACGCAGACUGCCAGCCAGACAUUGACAACCCUGCCUUCGAAUACGACCAGCUCUACAGCUGUAACAUGCAGGUGAUCAACUGUACAACUCCCAGCAACUAUUUCCACGCUCUGAGGAGACAAGUCAAGAAGCCUUUCAGAAAACCACUCAUUGUUAUGACUCCCAAGAGUCUCCUAAGACAUCCGGAAGCCAAAUCGAAAUUUUCCUACUUUGACGAGGGGACACACUUCCUGAGACUCAUCCCAGACUCCACGGCCAGGGAGGGAGAGGGAGUCAAACGGAUCGUGUUCUGCUCGGGGAAGGUCUACUACGAGUUGGCCAAGCAAAGGGAGUUGGCCGGACUCCAGGAAUCUGUCGCUAUUUCCAGGGUUGAGCAGGUCUCCCCGUUCCCCCACGACCUGGUGCACAGAGAGCUGGCCAGGUUCCCCGCGGCUGACGUAGUGUGGGUCCAGGAGGAGCCCAAGAACAUGGGAGCAUGGAGCUACGUUCAACCUCGCUUCUUCACUGCCUCCCACAGUCAGAGACACCCCAGGUAUAUAGGGAGGCCUCCGAGUGCCACAGUUGCAGCAGGGAACAAGGCCGUCUACAAACACGAGCAGGAGACGCUCGUCCAAGGAGCAUUCUCUCUCUGAGACUUCUGCAACAUACCAUUAUAGAGAGCAUUAUGUAGGUAUUGUGUGGCUGGCUGAAUCUAUUAUCUAUUUGUCUUAGUGGAUAACCAUUAAUUUUAUGGCUAAAAUUGUAGGGGGCUGUUGGCACACUCACCCCUGAUGAAGUUCCCUAUAAUAUUAUGACGAUGAUUCGAGCAAUCGACAUGAGAAGUGAUGCGCACUGCUCAUGCACCAACUGCAGACACGUCAUGACGUGUUUAUU